ACACAGAAAUCCGAAUAUUUACUACCACCAAUAAAGAAGGAAUAAUUUAAACAUUAAUGAAAAAUAAAUAUACAUGGAUUAAAAACAUUUGUUUAGCAGUUAUUGUAAUAAUUCCAAUAAUAAUGGCAUGGAGAAGCCACGGAGCAAAUAAUGUGGACCUAAUACGUAAUUUAAGAACUAACGGCAUAAUAAAAUCGGACACCGUCGCAAAUGCAAUGCUAGCUGUUGAUCGGAAAAAUUACUGUCCUUCUUCUCCAUACCAGGACUCUCCUCAAUCUAUUGGAUUCUCUGCAACAAUCAGCGCUCCCCACAUGCAUGCUCAUGCAUUAGAAAAGUUAAAAAACCAGCUAGUACCAGGAGAAAAAGCUUUAGAUGUUGGUUCGGGGUCUGGUUACCUCACUGCCUGUAUGGCCAUGAUGUUAGGAGAAACUGGCCGGGUAGUUGGGAUAGAACAUAUAUCAGAACUUGUGAAUUUGGCAACCAAAAACAUCCAAAAUGACAACCCAAGCUUACUCUCAUCUGAGAGGAUUAAACUUGUAGUUGGUGAUGGUCGUCUCGGUUAUCCAUCUGAAGCCCCUUACAGUGCAAUUCAUGUCGGGGCUGCAGCACCCACAUUACCACAAGCUCUAAUUGAUCAAUUGAAACCGGGAGGGAGGCUAAUAGUUCCUGUAGGGCCUGAGGGUGGUGAACAACAUUUGACUCAGGUUGAUAAAGCACAGGAUGGAACAACAACUGUAAAGAAAUUAAUGAGUGUGAUUUAUGUUCCAUUAACUGACAAGGAGCACCAAUAUCGUCCUUGGCGAUAAAUAUUUGUCACAUCAUAAAAUAAUAUUCUACAUGACGAUAUUCUUACAUCAUGAAAAAAU